AUGGCUUAUCCUCUGGUCUCGACCAUAGCAGAGAAAUUGAACAACCUCCUUCAAGCUGAGGUGGCUUUGUUGGUUGGUGUCACCGAUGAGAUCAAAAAGCUUUCCCCUGUGAAGAUCUGGUUGCAGAAUGUCAAAGAUGUGGCCUAUGAUGUAGAUGACAUACUAGAUGAAUGGAUGAUAGAAGCUCUCAAAUCACAAGCACCUGAUGAAGGUGAUGAGUCCUGUUUCAGCAAGAUGAAAGUAAGAAACUUCCUCUCGCCUAUUACUUGCUUCAAACAUGUCCUGUUACGCCACAAAAUUGGGAGUAGGAUAAAGGAAGUGGGGGGCAGAUUACAUGAUAUCACUGAAGAGAAGAAUCAAUUGGGUCUUAAAGCAGAUAGUGGGGAGGGUGAGAGAGUGGUUAGUGAAUUGAUCAGGCGGGGUGAGAACAGAGAGCGAGAGACAAGCUCCUUAGUCGACCCACCUUCAGUGAUAGGCAGAGAAGGUGAAAAAAAUGAAGUCAUAGGCUUGCUGCUGCAGGAGGUAACUGAGGUGCCCUUUGUCAUUUCUAUCGUUGGAAUGGGGGGUUUGGGCAAGACCACUCUUGCUCAGCUCAUCUACAACGAUGAGAAAGUGGAGGGGCAUUUUGACAUGAAAAUGUGGGUUUGUGUUUCUGAAGAUUUUAAUGUGAAACAGAUUACGAAAUCAAUCAUAAAAUCUGUAACUAAGACUGGUCGUGAGACUGGUUGCGAGUCAUUAGAUGCAGACCAGUACUCUAAUUAUGAUCAUCUAGACCUGGACCCUUUGCAACAUCUCCUCCGUCGUAAGUUGCAAGCAAAGAAAUUCUUGCUGGUGCUUGAUGACGUUUGGAGCAAAGACAGCGAGAAAUGGGAGAAGCUGAGACUUCCCUUCCAAGCUAGUGCACCCGGGAGUCGAAUCAUUGUAACCACUCGUAUUGAAGAUGUUGCAGGCAUCAUGGGAAGCAUUGAUCACAUGCACAAACUGGCAGUCUUAUCCGAUGAGGAUUGCUGGUUAUUGUUCAGAAGUAAAGCGCUGGAGCAUCGGAGUGCAGAAGAGUGUUCUGAGCUGGAAGAGAUUGGAAGGCAAAUCGUAAAGAAAUGUGGUGGGGUGCCUCUCGCUGCAAAGACAAUAGGGAGUGUCAUGCAGUCGAGAAGGACUAGAAGCCAGUGGGAGCUUGUCUUGCAAAGCGAGAUGUGGAACUCAGGUGAUGUCUUUGAAGGCAUUUUACCAGCUUUGUUACUAAGCUACUAUGAUUUGACUCCUGCUCUGAAGCAGUGCUUUGCAUAUUUCUCCAUCUUCCCUAAAGAUUGGGAGAUAGAGAAGGAUAUGAUAGUCAAGUUAUGGGUGGCACAAGGUUUCAUCUGCUCCAUUAAUGGAAGUGGAGACAUGGAGGAAAUUGGCAAACUGUAUUUCGAUGAUUUGCUAAGGCGCUCACUGCUCCAAGAUGCAGAAAUCAAUAGUGACGACAGUAUAUUCAGGUGCAGGAUGCAUGAUUUAGUUCAUGAUCUAGCGCAAUAUGUUGCAGGAAGUGAUUGUUCAGUGGUGGAGAUUAGCAAGGAAGCCUCGUUAGGCCUAAAUAAUGUCCGGCAUUCUUUUUUAGUUGACUAUGACAGAGAUGGUGAUGAAGCUUAUAAAUUGGCUUCCAUUUCGGCCACCUUGCAUAAGGCCCACAAGUUGCGGACGUUGCUACUACAAUACUCAAGAAUCUCCAAGGUGCCAGACAAGUUAUUUCAUCAUUUGAGACGCUUAAGAGCAUUGGACUUGAGUGGCACUGACAUCAAGAAAUUGCCUCAGACGGUGGGACAGUUGAAACACUUGAGAUAUCUUGAUUUAUCUAUGACAGGCAUAGAGGAGUUGCCUAAGGAAUUGAGUAAUUGCAUCAAUUUACAGACCUUGAGACUCAAUUACUGUCAGAAGUUAAGAAAACUGCCUAGUGGGAUGAGGAAAAUGAUUAGCCUGAGGCAUCUAGAAUUUGAAGACUCCAAUGGUUUGAGCUACUUACCAGAGGCUAUAGGGAGACUAACAGAGCUUCGGACGCUAACAAAGUUCAUUGUGGGGGGUGACAACCAAGGAUGUAAAUGUGGUGAACUGAAACACCUCAAUCAUCUUCAAGGAAGUCUUCGAAUUACCGGCUUGCAAAAUGUCAAGAGCAGGGACGAAGCUAGCGAUGCAGAACUGCAUGAGAAGCAGCACCUUCAUGCUCUAUCCUUGGAGUACGAUGACGAAGAUGGUGAACCGUUGGAUGAUGAGGUGAAGAGGAUGGAGGAUGUGCUCGAAAGCCUCCAGCCUCACACAAACUUGAAAGAGUUGAACAUACGGUAUUACAAAGGUUCCAAGCUUCCCAAGUGGAUAGGGAAUCCAAUGUUCUCCAAUCUAGUUGAGGUGAAACUCUCGCAUUGUCUCAAGUGUAUACAACUUCCAGGUCUUGGGAAACUACCGUCCCUUAAAUUCCUUAUUAUUAAGGGAAUGGUAGAGGUGAAAAAAGUGGGUGGUGAGUUUAGUGGGGAUGAUCAAAAUGAUGGAAGUGGUGGUGGUGGUGUCUCAUUCCCCAAGCUGGAGACCCACUUUUUCAAUAAAAUGCCAAAUUGGGAGGAGUGGGAAUUGAGAGGUGGAGAUGGAGAGGUUAUGCCAUCACUCCUUGAAUUAAGGAUAUAUGACUGCCCAAAGCUGAAGGCGUUGCACUGCAACCUUCUACCUCUCCUCCAGAGGUUGAUUUUAAAAAGUAUUAAGAUGUUAUCAGGAGGGCCCUUACCUGUGCUCCCCAACCUUAACGAUUUGAGGAUUGAUGGAAUUCGUGAGCUGACGUCACUACCUGGUGAUUGGUUGGGACAACUAAGAGCCCUCCAAACUCUGGAAAUCUUGGAUUGUCCACAGUUGGAGUCUCUACCAGAGGAGUUAGGACAACUCAAAGCCCUCCAAACUCUGAAGAUCUGUAAUUGUCGACAGUUGAAGUCUCUACCAGAGUCGUCGGGACAACUCAAAGCCCUCCAAACUCUGGAGAUCUGGAAUUGUCGACAGUUGGAGUCUCUACCAGAGGAGUUGGGACAACUCAAAGCCCUCCAAAUUCUGCAGAUCUGUAAUUGUCCAGAGUUGAGGUCUCUACCGGAGUAG